UAGAAGUGAGAGAAAAAAGAGGUGAGUAGAGAGUUUUUAGAGAGAGAAACAGAGACAGACGAGUAAUCAUGGAAUUGUACUGAAAGCCUCUUUAGGGUUUGAUCCAAAUGCAUAGUGCUGAAAACCCUCAACACAACACCCUAAAAAACCUCCAUUUUCCGACCACCGUUUUGCCGCAUAAAUUACAGAAAUAGCCCCCAACUGAAGCCACUCUCGAACUCUGCAUGCCCGCCCGCCGCCCGCCGACAAAGGUUCGUCCCAAUUUCCGUUGAUUUCUCACCCACAUUUGUAAUUUCCGACAAACGUGUCGGAAUCCUGUUAUGAUUUAGUGCAUAAGAAGAAAGAAACAAAAAAAAUGGGAGCUGAUCCGACGAAAUUAGUCUACAUUAUUAUCAUCGUUGGUUGUUGUUUGUUCACUUUUCUCGCCGGAGGCGGCGUUAACGCCGUCACCGACCAGAACGAUUUCAAAAUUCUGAACGAUUUCAGACACGGCCUGAAAAACCCGGAGCUUCUGAAAUGGCCUUCAAUGGGGAACGAUCCGUGUGGGCCCCCGUUAUGGCCCAACGUGUACUGCUCAAACGGCAGAGUCACUCAGAUUCAGGUUCAGGGCCUCGGGUUGGAGGGGCCGCUGCCCCCAAAUCUGAAUCAAUUGACCAAACUCCAAAACGUCGGCCUUCAGAGGAACAGAUUCACCGGAAACUUGCCUACAUUUAGUGGCUUGUCCGAACUCCAAUUCGCCUACUUGGAUUUCAACGAAUUCGACACGAUCCCCUCCGAUUUCUUCGACGGGCUUAUCAGCGUUCGUGUGUUGGCUUUGGAUAACAACCCUCUUAACAAAACGUCGGGAUGGAUGAUACCGAGUCAGCUAUCGCAGUCGUCUCAGCUGGUUAAUUUUUCUUGCUUCGGUUGCAAUAUAAUCGGACCGGUCCCCGAUUUUUUCGGGAGUUUCCCGUCGCUCGAUUCGCUGAGGUUGUCCUAUAAUAGGUUGUCAGGUUUUUUACCCUCCACUUUUCAAGAUUCCAACUUGCAGGUGUUGUGGUUGAACGAUCAAGAAGGCGGCGGCAUAACGGGUCCCAUCGAUGUAAUCACAACCAUGGUUAGCCUAACUCAAGUUUGGCUCCACGGGAAUCAAUUCACCGGAACAAUCCCCGAAGAAAUCGGGCGUUUAACUUCCUUACAAGAACUCAACCUCAAUAGUAAUCGGCUAGUCGGACGGAUCCCAACAAGCCUGGCUAACAUGAAGAAUCUCCAAAUCUUGAAUCUGAACAACAACAUGUUCGUGGGUCCCAUACCGAACUUCAAAUCCGCGAAUUUUACCUACGCGUCGAACUUGUUCUGUCAGGCGGGUCCCGGUGAACAAUGCUCUCCACAAGUGAACGCCCUUUUGGAUUUUCUCGGUGAUUUGAAUUAUCCGGAGAGGCUGGCUUCUGAAUGGACGGGCAACGAUCCUUGCGGAGGGCAUUGGUGGGGAAUCACUUGCGAUUUAAAAGACGAGGUUAGUGUCGUAAAUUUGCAAAAGAUUGGACUUAACGGUACACUUAGUGCUUCGCUCGGGAACUUAUCUUCUUUAAUCGAGGUUCACUUAGAAGGGAAUAAUCUACAUGGGGCUGUUCCUGCAAAUCUAACUCAGUUGAGAUCGUUGAGAUUGUUGAACUUGAGGGGGAACAAUUUCGAGCCGCCGUUGCCGAGAUUUCGAAAUGGUGUGGAAGUAGUAAUCGAUGAUAAUCCAAAAUUUCGAUCGAACGGACCAAAGAUAUCCCCCUCACCAUCUGAUGUGCCAUCUUCUCCAAAUAAUAAUAAUCCUCCAAAUAAUAAUAAUAAUUCUCCAAAUAAUAAUAAUAACCCUCCUCCUCCUCCUCGUAAUUACCGUUCCAAUUCACCAAGUGUUGUAAACGAGCAACAAAAUCCCACAAAUUCAACAAAAUCAAGAAUCGUGUUAGUAGGGGCUGCAGUUGUGGGGUCCGCCAUUUUUGCUCUUCUUGCAAUCGUACUGACUGUCCACUGCCUUCGGAAGAAAAAAAUUGCGGAAAAUCCCGUUUCGAGCGUUGUAAUCCAUCCGAGAGAUCCGUCGGAGGAGGACCAUAGUGAUUCGGUGAAGAUCACAGUAGUGGAUCGCUCCUCCUCUUCGGAGGUUCAAAGCGGUGAACACAGUAGUAACCUUCUCAUUUCGCUGCAAGUCCUUAAAAAGGCAACCAACGAUUUCGAACCGGAAAACGAGCUUGGGCGAGGAGGCUUCGGAGUAGUGUACAUGGGCGAACUAGAAGACGGCACGAAACUAGCCGUAAAAAGAAUGGUAGCUGGUGUAAUGAGUUACAAAGCUUUGGACGAGUUCCAAUCGGAAAUAUCCGUUCUUUCGAAUGUUCGCCACCGCCACCUCGUGUCCCUAUUAGGGUACUCUGCGGAGGGAGACGAGAGGCUAUUGGUCUAUGAGUAUAUGCCACGUGGGGCCCUCAGUAGGCAUCUUUUCCGUUGGAAACAUCUUGAUUUGGAGCCUUUGUCUUGGAAAAGAAGGCUUAAUAUCGCUCUUGAUGUUGCUAGAGGAGUGGAGUACCUACAUUCUUUGGCGCAUCGGAGCUUUAUUCACCGUGAUUUGAAAUCGGCGAAUAUUCUUCUCGGUGAUGAUUUUCGGGCGAAAGUUUCGGAUUUCGGAUUGGUGAAGUUGGCGCCCGAUAGAGAGAGGUCUCUUGCUACUAGGCUUGCCGGAACUUUCGGAUAUCUUGCACCUGAAUAUGCUGUGACGGGAAAAAUUACAACGAAGGUGGAUGUGUUCAGCUUCGGAGUGAUACUGAUGGAGCUUCUGACGGGAUUAGUGGCGCUCGACGAACAACGGCCGGAGGAGAAACGGUACUUAGCCGAGUGGUUCUGGCAGAUAAAAUCCAACAGAGAAACGGUAAUAGAUUCCGUGGACCCGGCUCUAGAUGCGAAAGACGAAAUCUACGAGAGUAUAUUCUCUGUAGCCGAGCUGGCAGGGCACUGCACAGCGCGGGACCCGUGCCACCGCCCUGAAAUGGGGCAUGCGGUGAAUGUGCUGUCGCAAUUGGUCGAGAAAUGGAAUCCGACGGAGGAGUGUUGUGGGAUUAGCAAUGUGCUAUUGCCACUACCGCAAAUGCUCAAGGGUUGGCAAGAACAAGGAGAUAAUAAUACGGCGCGAGAUUUGAGCGGGAGUAGCGAGGAUAGUAAAGGGAGUAUUCCGUGUAAGCCGUUUGGAUUUGUCGAUUCCUUCACUUCUGCUGAUGCCAGAUAAGUUAUCUGUUUCUUUUUUUUUUGGCUUGUAAUAAUUUUUUUCUUUUUUUAAAUUGUGACAGUGAUUCAAAUAUUUUACACACACACACAGCAUAGUUAUGAGGUUAUAUGAGCUUUGGUGCUUGCAUAUUUUCAGACAUUUCCUUUUGUUGGUCAGCAUAAUGAGGUACCAAUUUGUUGGUGAAGUAAAAAAAAGUUGUAUGUGUUUUCUUUCGGGAAAAUUACACUUUUCGACCCUCAGAUUUACCUCGAUUUGACAUUUGGUGGUCCAUCUUGGUCACAAUAAAACAGAUUUAUUUUCUCAAUGUUUCAACAAUUUA